CAACUCCUGACUAUAUUUAUGUCAUUCACGUCUCCAUAUUGGACAUUUCGAACGCACAACCAACUUCACGACAAAUAAAAUUUCUCUUUCCGGUUCUCAUUGUCAACCAAGAUGCCUGGUGUUACAGUUAAAGACGUUGAUCAAGCCGCAAUUGUGAAGGCCGUAGCGGUUUUCUUGAAGAAAUCCGGUAAACUAAAAGUGCCUGAACAAAUGGAUAUUAUCAAAACCGCCAAAUUCAAGGAACUUUCACCAGACGAUCCAGACUGGUUCUACGUACGAUGCGCUUCAAUUUUACGCCAUUUGUAUCACCGCAGUCCAGCUGGUGUUGGAUCAAUUACCAAGAUUUACGGUGGACGUAAACGUAACGGUGUUCAUCCGUCACAUUUCUGUAGAUCCGCUGAUGGGGCCGCACGCAAAGCUCUACAGGCUUUGGAAGCAGUCAAAUUGAUUGAGAAGGGCCCAGAGGGUGGUCGCAAAUUGACACCACAAGGACAGAGAGACUUGGAUCGUAUCGCGAAUCAGAUCGUCACCCAUCAAAGAGCUGCCAUUAAAGCUGCCGCAGCCGCUGUGAUCACCAUAUCUUGAUCAUUCAAAGUGUAAACUUGAAUUGUGGAAAAAAAAUGCAAAAAUCGAGGGAAUAAAUGAAAAUUUCCAACAAUUUUUGGUCUUAA